CUCUUAUGGAUAGGCACAACAUGCUCUCUAACUAUCUCCUGUUCUAUCGACCAUUCCAUCUAGCACCCGACUGAUUCCACGAGACUUCAUCACAUCAAGACGACUACAAGAAACUGCGAGCCGAUCCCAACAUGGUCUCUCAACCCGUUGGUACAAAGAAGACGCCCGUUACGUCUACGGCGAAGAAGACACCUGUAAAGAGUUCGGCAAAGAAGGUGCCUGUCAAGGCCCCGGCUGUUCAGCCACCCAAGAAGCCCAUCAACACAGCCCUGCAGAAGAAACCAGUGGCCACAACCCAAAAGAAGCCAGUACCUACCACGGCACUCAAAAAAACCACAACAGCAGUCGGACAAAAGAAGCCAGUCCCAGCCCCAGCAAAGAAACCGAUUGGGCAGCCCCAGCAGCAAGGCUGGCUCAGCAAGGGCCUCAGCGCUGCACAAUCCGGAAUUGGCAAUGCAGUCGGCGCAGCCACCACUGGUAUCAGCAACGCUGCUGGCGCCGUUGUAACGGCUGCAGGCAGUGGUGUUGCUGGAGCAGGCAGGGGAGCAGGGGCAAGCAUCACAAAUACAUCCCGUACCUGGGGCGAUAUGGUCCGUGAGUACGGCAACUCACUCAAGGACAUGACCGGUGCCACAGGCAGUCGCUCAACUACGCACAAGAACCCUCUUGGUUUGAGUACAAGUGGGGCGGGGGGUAUGGCGUCCAUGGCGAGUAGGCCUGGUGUGCCUGGUCUUUCUGGAGGCUCGGCUAGGACUGGUACAGCUAGUAACCCACUGGGCUUGUAGAGCUAGAGAGUGCUUUCUUUUGAAUUCAGAGCUUUUCACUGAGGGGAAGUGCGUCAGCAAGGCUCGGAUACAGUAUUAUUUUGUAGUUUACGGUUAGGUUGUAUUUUAGAAAGGUAGUACAUAAAAUAGUUCGUUUCAAAUAAAAGCAAGGUUCAUGUGUCAC